AUGUCAAAGCUUGCGGCGAGCCAGACGCUGUACAGCGUUCUGGGUGUUAGCCGGCAUGCCGACAACAGCCAGAUUCGACAAGCAUACCGCCAUCUGGCACUGGCCACACAUCCUGACAAAGGUGGAAGUGCUGGUGAGUUCUUGAAGGUGGUAGAGGCCUUCGAGGUCUUGUCAGAUGCGCAGAAGCGGGCGACGUACGACGAGGAUCUGCACAGAACUGGGAGCCAAGACGGGCGCGGCGACCUGUCAGCCGUCGAGCGCAGGCGUGAGCAGGCAGAGGCCGCACAAGCAGCUCAAGCAGAUGCCUUCGGCCUCCCGGAUCUUGGCAAAACCGAUCCUGACCAGAAGCCAUGCGAGGGCUGGGGCAUCACGGAGGAGACAAAGCGGGCAAAGGCAUUGUGGCUUGAGCUUUUCGAGGAGCUGCCUUCCAAAAGGUAUGACCGUGUAUUGGAAUUGUCGUGCCGUUCCGCAGAAGUGUUGCUGGCUUACGCGCGCUCCAACGCCUGCCUGGGAGGUCUGCAAGCGUGA